AUGAACGGGCCGAAGGAUCCAGGUAGAUCGGCUCGGACAGACGCUUCAAAUCAAGACGGCACUAAGCAGGCUGAGGCCACCGAUUUCGCCAUAGACGCUGCUUACUUAGUCAUCCACACGGUCGAUUGCGAUUCCAAAUCCAAUGAGGCACAUGAAGGCCAUGCAAUCUCCGCCUCCUUCCUCGACCACCCCCGUCUCUUCGCCGGAGACAGCAAAGCAAGCGCAUUGCGUGGCAAGAAUCCAAUAGAAGAUGUGAACAGCUAUAUACAGCAGCAGGAAAACGUAUGCUUGGUGGUUUACAAGGUCUAUCACUGCCGUGAAUACCACGAGGAUAUCAAAAAGGACUUUGUGCGCACCAAGCUGCCCAACGCCGAUUUGACUGUGUCAACCCGAAUCUGGCCCUUUCUGUUCAUUCUGCCGCGCGAUAGUAAAGAGGCCAAGCCAGAGCACGAGAGCAUGGCCGUCCUCUCCGAUGCGUUGCGCCACUGUCUUGAGAAGCUUGAUCCCACGUUGAAGCCCGAGGACUAUUCCGAGCCACCGCCUCCGCCGCCUCCGCCGCCACCUGGAUCGCUGAUGCCGCCUCCUCCACCCGACCUUCUUGAUCAAAAAAGGGAAAUGUUGCGCAUGGAUUUCCCAUACCUGAGCCUUUAUCACAAGCGUCAAGCCAUCAAUGAGUACAUUGCCGAUAACGAGGACGAAAGCCGACACCAACUGCUGGCUCUGCAGAAGUACCUAAACGAAGAGCUUGGUGAGGAGUACACAGAAGCAGACAAGCUUUUUGCCAGUGGUCGCGUGUCGAAAAAACAUUUUCAGAAGUUGUUUGGCCCCGAUCAGGUUGUCGUGGGUGUUCAGGAUAAUCAGCCGCAGGCAUACAUGUGUCGAAAGCUAGAGAAAAUCCAUCCCACACUCGAGCUGCAAUGUUGGACCUGGGUGUUUGAUGGCUUUUUCCGCAAGCAGGAGACCAUUAAUAGAGUGAAAUGGCCUCCAGAAGGGGAAGACACAAUUAAGACCAAGCCGAGAUUCAUGGUCGACAUGAAGACAUACCAACUGUUGCAUGCUUCGACUGUCGAGGAGCCAGCCGAGCACAAUACCAUCAGUGCAGAAGAGAUGAGGGAAGAACACCCACCUGGCGACGACUUCCCCUUGCUCCUACCAGCCACGGUUCUGGGCUACGGCUUUCACGACAAAAAAUGGCGAUCUUUAUUCGUUGAUUGCAUCGAGGAAGUAGACUGGAACGCCACAGCCUUCGAAAGGCUCGUGCUAGACGGCGACAAAAAAGAGAUCAUUGAAGCUCUGGUCACGGUCCAUACGCAGACCCUCAACUCGACUGAUCUAGUCGAGGGCAAAGGAAACGGUCUAGUGAUGCUACUUCACGGCAGUCCCGGCACAGGUAAGACGCUUACAGCGGAAUCUGUUGCAGAACUUACGGAAAAACCUCUAUACCGCGUGACCUGCGGGGACAUGGGUAUAGAUCCGGAGGCGGUGGAAAAAUACCUCGAGUCCGUCUUUCACAUCGGUACAAUAUGGGGAUGCGUUGUCCUCCUUGAUGAGGCAGAUGUCUUCUUGGAGGAGCGCUCCGACGCUGAUUUGGCGCGAAAUGCAUUGGUCUCGGUGUUCCUUCGGGCUGUCGAAUACUACGAUGGCAUACUCAUCCUCACUUCCAACCGCGUCGGCAAAUUUGAUGAAGCCUUCAAAUCCAGAAUUCAGCUCGCCGUUCAUUACCCCUCCCUCGGCCAAACAGAACGCUUCAAAAUCUGGUCAAAGUUCAUCAACGCUCUGGUUCCCGAAGAGGACGCAAACGUAGUCAACGAGUUGAAUAAACACAUCCAUCUGCUAUCACAACACGAACUAAAUGGAAGGCAGAUUCGAAACACCAUCAAGACUGCACGACAGCUUGCCUUCCACAAGAAGCAGAGGCUGCGGUUUGACCAUUUCGAGAGAGUCAUUUCAAUUGCGAAUGAAUUCGAGAAGUAUCUCGUCAAAACUCGAGGCGGGUACACGGAUGAUGAGAUAGCCAUGGACGGGAACAUCCGAGCUCAUUAG